GGGGAGGCCGGGCUGCGCAUGCGUCCUGAGAGGCCCGGCGGUGGCGGCGGUGGCGGCGGCGGCGGCAGCUGUGAGGGGGUUCCCGGAAGAUGGUGCUGAUUAAGGAAUUUCGUGUGGUUUUGCCGUGUUCUGUUCAGGAGUAUCAGGUUGGACAGCUUUACUCUGUUGCAGAAGCCAGUAAGAAUGAAACUGGUGGCGGAGAAGGAAUCGAAGUCCUGAAGAAUGAGCCCUAUGAGAAGGAUGGAGAGAAGGGGCAGUACACACACAAAAUUUACCACCUGAAGAGCAAAGUUCCCGCAUUUGUAAGGAUGAUCGCUCCUGAGGGCUCCUUGGUGUUUCACGAGAAGGCCUGGAACGCUUACCCCUACUGUAGAACAAUUGUAACGAAUGAAUAUAUGAAAGAUGACUUCUUCAUCAAAAUCGAAACAUGGCACAAACCUGACUUAGGAACGUUAGAAAAUGUUCAUGGUUUAGAUCCAAACACAUGGAAAACUGUUGAAAUUGUCCACAUAGACAUUGCAGAUCGAAGUCAAGUUGAACCAGCAGACUACAAAGCUGAUGAAGACCCUGCAUUAUUCCACUCAGUCAAGACCAAGAGAGGCCCCCUGGGACCUAACUGGAAGAAGGAGCUGGCGAACACCCCUGACUGUCCUAAGAUGUGUGCCUAUAAGCUGGUGACCAUCAAGUUCAAGUGGUGGGGGCUGCAGAGCAAAGUCGAGAACUUCAUCCAGAAGCAAGAAAAACGGAUAUUUACAAACUUACAUCGCCAGCUCUUUUGUUGGAUUGACAAGUGGAUUGACCUGACGAUGGAAGACAUUAGGAGAAUGGAAGAUGAGACUCAGAAAGAACUAGAAACACUACGGAGUCAAGGCCAGGUGAGGGGAACAAGUGCGGCCUGUGACGAGUGAAGACACCACCAGUGUCUCUCAGUGAUGACUCAAGCGCACGUGUGCACACACACACAUACACACACACAGGUUUGUGUGUAUAUGUGUGUAUGUCUGUAGCUGUAUGAAAAACACAUAUGGCUACAGGCCUAGAUACACAAAAGUGUAUAUAUGUACAUGCAAAACAUUGAAGGGAUCAGUACAAUUUCUCCAAAGUACUGUACCGAUCUUCAGCAAAAAUACUAAAGAAAAUAUUUUCAAUAUAUAUACCUGGAACAGAUUUUAAUAAUCAUCAAUGUGAUGCCCUUGAUGGAUAAAUGGACUGCCAUGUGGUGCCAUGUGGUGCUGGCUGGCGUGAUUCCUGAAUGCCAGGUGUGGACCAGUGUGUGUAGUCUUUGGUUAUGUUUCUGUUUUCUCGAGUCACCACACAUACACUUUUAUUUUCAUCCCAUCAGCAACAGACUCCUACAGAACGAUUUCUUCAAAUUUUUAGAUACUCCAGUGAAUCUAGAAAGUCAGCUCUGGAUGUAUUUAUAACUAUUUAUUUCUGGGUGGCCACUAUCUUCCAGCCAAAUCCAACAAUACCCAACAAGUAAGGAGUCAAAGUAAAGCUCUUUACUAGUUUGCCCGAGGGGUGGGGAAAUCCUUUUUUUAAAAUUGCCACUUUUUAUUGGAUUUUUGUAUUUUGAAUUUCAAGUAUUUUUCUACAUCAAAUCUAGCAAAACACAGUGAUGACGGUUUGUGAUUUCUAAUAAACACUAGACGAUAUUCAGGCUCUGGCUAAGCAAACAAGGCUACGGUAAAGGAAGUGACCCUGCGACCCCAGGAGCCCUGCGGGCCGUGCAGGUCUUGUGUGGAGGCUGUGCAGACCGUCUGUGUUGCUCUGAGCUCACAGGUGGGAGAGCAGUGACGUUUAACUCUUUUCCUGUUGCAGUCCAAGCCAGGGGGAAAUGCUGAUGGAGCUAGGGGCAGUUUCCAUGUGGUACAGGGCUGUCACUGUCCUGAGGCCCAGCUAGAUCCUCAGCAUUGCUGCCUACACUGCUUCCUCCUCCUCCUCCUCCUCCUCCUCCUCCUCCUCCCCCCUCCUCUUCCCUCUCUCCCUCCCCUUCUCUUCCUCCUCUUCUUUUUUUUUUUUUUUUUUUUAAAGAAUUGUAGCUAGGUAAGAUUUUUUUUUUUUUUUAUCAACUUUUCUGUCUUUUCCCUUGUCAGUCCUAGAAGCCUGACCAGAAUCAUACUGUUGAAGCCUUCAGGUCACACACUGUCUUCUUAACACACUACCCCACAGUCCUCCAUCCCCCCCCCCCAACACAUCACCCCUGCAGUCAGCCCAUUAGUAACCCCUUUGCUGACAGUCUUGCCCUCCAUGCCCCUCCUCCCAUGUCCUGUGUUCCCGUGGGAGCGAUGACAGAGCUUCCCACUGCAUUACAACAAUUCCCUGUCAUCCUCCGCAACAGGCCCUGGGUCCUGUGUGCCCUCUCUGUUCAUUUCAUGGGCACUGUUGGGAGAUGGGCUUGGUCACAUCAGUGGAACAGUCACCUGAAGGGUCAUCGCCAACCCCAGGCACUGGAGAACCCAGUCUCUCCCCCAAUGAAACUAACUCAAGCACAUCUGCAGUCUCAUUGGGAGCUUGGGCACACAAGGAAGUGAGAGCCUGGUGUGGACUCUAAUGUUUUUGUAACAACUGUGGAGAUUGAGGGGAUGUGUGGUGAAUGUAAAAUACCCGUUGACUUGGCAGUCUCUUGUGUAAAUUACAGUAAAACAAAGUAAGUGAAAUUGAAACAAAAAUAAAUUUGAUCACAAAAUG